AUGGCACACAGAUCCUUUUUUGUCGGCCCAUGCGAAGUGGCGUUUAUCAAGAAAGGCCUCCCUCACCACCUGAUCUCGAGAUCCUCCACCUACGAGUUACUUACGGCAUGCCUGUGGAAGUGCCACACAAUUGCCCUCGAGAUCGAGCCGGAUGAUGCCGUCCACCUAUCGUGCAUGAUUAACACGCGAGGCAAGCAAGGCCUCGGCGUGCCUCAUGGUUAUUACGGGAACACGUCGGUUCUGCUGGGAUACGCGGUUGGGUUAGUGAAGAAAGCGAAAGAAAUGGUGAGCGAAGAAUAUGUGAGGUCCUCCAUUGACGUCUUAGUCCUUAAGGGACGGCCAAAGUACACGACCGUUUGGAACUAUGUGGUGGCCGACGCAACCAAGGUCGGGUUGGAAGAGGCCGACUUCGGGUGGGGGAAGCCGGCAUAUGGUGGGGUUGCAGGCGCAUUUCCUUUGAUAAGCUUUUACGUGAAGUACAGAACGAGGAAGGGAUUGUGGUGCCGAUAA